ACAAUUCUUUUCAACAGUCGGACGCAAAACGAAGGUCAUCCAAAAUGGUUCGUUCUGGGUGUUGGACAAGUCAUAAAAGGGUUAGAUAUUGCUAUGAUGAAUAUGUGCCCUGGAGAAAAACGGAAAGUGAUCAUUCCUCCAUCACUAGCAUAUGGACAGCAAGGAUAUGCACAGGGCAAGAUCCCACCCAAUGCCACACUGAUCUUUGAGAUUGAACUUUAUGCAGUAAAUAAGGGACCUCGCAGUGUUGAAGCAUUUAAUCAAAUUGACAAGGACAAUGACAAGAAACUCUCUGAGCUUGAGAUAAGCCAGUAUUUGAAAGAAGAAUUUGCAAGAGAUGGCAAAAAACGUCAUCCCUCUGCCCAUGAUGAAAUCUUAACUGAUAUAUUUAAGAAGAACGACCAUGAUGGAGAUGGUUUCAUAUCAGCAAAGGAGUACAAUGUCUACCAGCAUGAUGAACUUUGAGUACUUAAAAAAAAUCUUUGCCUGUUUUCUGGACACUGAAUUUUAAAUAAUAAUACUUUGUCACAUAAUUUUUUGUGUUUUUUUUAUAGUGGCAUCUUUUUAUAUCUCUUAAGGUGACUGUAAAAAUCUUAUUUUUAACAUUCAGCUACUGAAAUGUUUCAAGAUAUUUCAAAAGAAAAGAAAUAAAAUUGGAAAACACC